AUGGCUUUGCUGGUGCGUACCCCUAACUCAUUAAUUGCCUCCCCCCCCCCCCCGUACCGACCAGACACCGGGCCCGCAGGUGUGUACCGACCAGACACCGGGCCCGCAGGUGGGUACCGACCAGACAACGGGCCCGCAGGUGUGUACCGACCAGACACCGGGCCCGCAGGUGUGUACCGACCAGACACCGGGCCCGCAGGUGGGUACCGACCAGACAACGGGCCCGCAGGUGUGUACCGACCAGACACCGGGCCCGCAGGUGUGUACCGACCAGACACCGGGCCCGCAGGUGGGUACCGACCAGACAACGGGCCCGCAGGUGUGUACCGACCAGACACCGGGCCCGCAGGUGUGUACCGACCAGACACCGGGCCCGCAGGUGGGUACCGACCAGACAACGGGCCCGCAGGUGUGUACCGACCAGACACCGGGCCCGCAGGUGUGUACCGACCAGACACCGGGCCCGCAGGUGGGUACCGACCAGACAACGGGCCCGCAGGUGUGUACCGACCAGACACCGGGCCCGCAGGUGUGUACCGACCAGACACCGGGCCCGCAGGUGGGUACCGACCAGACAACGGGCCCGCAGGUGUGUACCGACCAGACACCGGGCCCGCAGGUGUGUACCGACCAGACACCGGGCCCGCAGGUGGGUACCGACCAGACAACGGGCCCGCAGGUGUGUACCGACCAGACACCGGGCCCGCAGGUGUGUACCGACCAGACACCGGGCCCGCAGGUGGGUACCGACCAGACAACGGGCCCGCAGGUGUGUACCGACCAGACACCGGGCCCGCAGGUGUGUACCGACCAGACACCGGGCCCGCAGGUGGGUACCGACCAGACAACGGGCCCGCAGGUGUGUACCGACCAGACACCGGGCCCGCAGGUGUGUACCGACCAGACACCGGGCCCGCAGGUGGGUACCGACCAGACAACGGGCCCGCAGGUGUGUACCGACCAGACACCGGGCCCGCAGGUGUGUACCGACCAGACACCGGGCCCGCAGGUGGGUACCGACCAGACAACGGGCCCGCAGGUGUGUACCGACCAGACACCGGGCCCGCAGGUGUGUACCGACCAGACAACGGGCCCGCAGGUGUGUACCGACCAGACACCGGGCCCGCAGGUGGGUACCGACCAGACUUAGGCGCGGCCCGACCACGACACCUGGCCCGACACCGGGCCCGCAGGUACUGA